CGCACACAACUGUAAAGUGAGUGCAUAUAACAAUUCGACAAGGCGUAUAUUUCAAACCCUAGGACUUGGCUCACAGUACACACACAGUUCACAACACAUAUAUACACAGUUUCUCUCACAACAACAAUCUCCUCUUCUACCAGUCCAGUCCAGACCGUACAACAUGGAGUUCUCUCAGGAAGACUUCGAUCGCCUCUUGCUGUUCGAGCACGCUCGUAAAACUGCCGAAUCUAACUACGCCCAGAACCCCCUUGAUGCCGAUAAUCUAACAAAGUGGGGAGGAGCAUUGCUGGAGCUAUCACAAUUUCAAAACAUUGCGGAUUCAAAGAAUAUGAUUAAUGAUGCUAUUUCGAAGUUGGAAGAGGCUUUGCUUGUCGAUCCAGUGAAGCAUGAGGCAUUGUGGUGCCUGGGAAAUGCCCAAACCUCUCAGGCAUUUCUCACUCCUGACAUUGAUGAGGCGAAGGUUUUUUUUGAUAAGGCACGUGACUAUUUCCAAAAAGCAGCGGAUGAGAAUCCAUCCAAUGAACUCUACCAGAAGUCCUUGGAAAACACGGAUAAGGCGACUGACUUGCACAUGGAGAUCCACAAGCAUGGUCUUGUUCAACAGACUCUGGGUGGUGGGCCAUCUGCUUCUUCUAAUGAAAAGACUUCCAAGAAGAAGAAGAAGAGCAGUGAUCUCAAAUAUGACAUAUUUGGAUGGAUUAUCCUAGCAGUUGGAAUUGUUGCAUGGGUGGGUAUGGCAAAAUCCCACGUUCCUCCACCUGCUCCAAGAUAGGCCUUUUAUCUGCUCCAUAUUCAUGGCUACCUAAGGUUCAAAUUUAUUCUGAUAGAUUCAUCAAAAUUUGGGCUGACAAAUUCACCAUUCUGGAGAUGUAGUAAAUUUAGUAGCAUGUGAUAUGCUAUCCACAUGCUGAUUUUGAGUAAUAAUGUUUCUUUUGCUGAUUUGGUUAGGCAGAUAUAUUAUUGUUGUUCUCUUGUCAAUUUUGGCAAUGUAGGCUGAUUAUCUUAAGCUAUUUGUUUUUCAUUCA